AAAAAAGACGCAACGGAUCAGUACAUUGCUAAUUACAUUGCGUACACUGCUAAGUAUAUUAAGUUCUAUCAGUUAACAGUAUAUUCCAGAUUACAUAAAGACUCCCUAAGUUUUAAGUUCUUCCUAGACUCCCAAAUUCCAAGUUCUUGCCAUACCAGAUCAUCACGCCCACUCUCUUCCAGACUCCUAAGUUCUAAGUUCAUCCAUACAUCACGCCCACUCCUUUCAGCAUUCCCACUUUCCAAACUCUUCCUAGCCAAGUUCGAGUCAUCGACGCAUCGGCUGACUCGAAGUCUGAGCGACAGCAGCAUUCCGCAGAUCGAGAUCCUGGACCGCCAGCAUGACCGCGAGGGCCCCGUCCGCCGCGCCAACAGCUUUGAUAUCACUGAAUACUAUCCUCAUCGCUGGUACUAUGCGAGGAUGGCGAGACGAAAAGCUCGCAUGGAAACCCUCAAAGCCGCGGAAAACCCCGGGCUAGACGACCUCCCUGACGGCGACGCCACCAAACCCAGCAUAGAGAUCCUGUCGCUGAACGGCGGGAGCGCAGAGGCGACGCUGGCGGGGCUGGAGGGCCACAACGUGAGCGGGCCCCUGGCGUCGCUGCAGGAGGGCGUCAUCGGCGGAAUCGAGGUCGACCCUGAGCAAACAGUCUCAAAUCGCUUGGCGGAGAUCCUGCAGGAGAAAGCGGAGGCGGAGGAAAAGAGAAGAGACCUGUUCCUGAAAGCCAGAGAACUUCACGAGGAGAUACAGAGAGUCCGAGAAAAGCGGAGAGAAAAAUGGUGGCAGCAGUUCUCGCACGAGCGGAAAGCAGGCACGCAGCUGGAGGAACGCCAAGGAGCUCUCAGAAGCGAACUGGACUCCCUCCAUCGGCGAAUCAUCGGUUCCCUCGUCAAGAGACAACCUCUCGUCACAGGGGUCAGAGAUGAACCCUCCAGAAAGGCCAACUACAAGAUAUCCAUCAUAAGACUUCGUCACGAGAUCGAGGACAUUUCGAGACGCGUUGAGGCCAUGAACAUCAAAGUAGAAGCGGAGACAAAGGCAUGCCUGAGAAGCCAAGCAGAGCGAGAGGUUAAAACUUUGAGGUCAGAAGUCAGCAGGAAAAAGGCUAACGUGGCUCUCUCGCAAACCAAAACGAAUCUCCUGAAGACAGCCACCAGCCUGCCUCCUGACCUUAUGAUCCGCAUGUAUUAA